GCUCGCAAUCGCUUCCCUUGGUUGGAUACCACCAAGGAAACACAGCCAUUGGCUACAUCCACACAAUUAGGCUUCGUCGAAGGCCAAAGUUUUACGCAGCCUUUGCGGGAUGAAGAUGCCCAGUUGUAUGUAACACGGGAAUGGCAACUGGAACGCUACAGCCGUCUUCAUCCAAGGAACUCGGAAGAUGGAGAAAGAAUGGACACUGCGGAUGGUGAGGAUUCUAACCAUGAAGACGAAUGGGAGACUUGGGAAGGUGGGAGUGCACCAGCUCUUGUUGUCCGUUUGGCCGGGUUCGGACAUCUGUGCAUAAUGUAUGGAACAGAACUGGUUGAGUCAUAUUUCCUCAUAUUAGCAAAACGAUGGAUGAAAGCUGUCCUCGUAGACGAUGAAGUGAUGAUCAUGGCAAAGAAAAUAGCCAAAACUGCUCGACUCCGCCUCAGCUUCCGAAAUUCAGACGACUCCAAGAAUUUCUUCGCCGCUCUCGGUCGCUUCGCCAAAUGCAAAGAGAACGGUUCGCCUACAGCCCAAGCAGAUCCCGUCUCUGAACGAGUAGAGGACACUUUAUCGACACCAGCUCCACUUCCACAAACUUGGAACACCGAGUGGCCAACUGAAAGCCUCGAGGGACUCGUACGUCUCUGUUUGAGCGACCCCAACUUUCCGGGAUUUGUAAGACGGGUUGAUUCGAUUAUGAAGAAGCUGACCUCAAAAGGAACUUCUUUAGAUUAGAACAUGUUGUUUCCUUCUUGGUUUCGUUGUGACAAUCGUGUUGUUUUCAUAAAGUUAUCAAGG